AUGACGGAAAUAGGGCUCAUUUCCUAUUACUUAGGCUUAGAAGUGAAGAAAAUGGAGGAAGGCCUCUUCAUAUCUCAAGAAAUUUGUACAAAGGAGAUUUUGAAGAAGUUCAACAUGUUUUAUUGCAACCCUGUGAACACCCUAAUGAAAAGUGGAACAAAAUUGUCAAAGUUUGACAAUGGAGAAAAAUUUGAUUCAACUUUGUUCAAAAGUCUCAUUGGAAGUCUGAGGUACUUGACAUGUACGAGAACAUAUAUAAUCUUUGCAGUUGGAGUAGUAAGUCGCUUCAUGGAAGCUCCUACCUCCACUCACUUGAAGGUCGCUAAAAGAAUUAUUCGCUACCUAAAAGGUAUAAUCGACCUUGGACUAUUUUAUUCUUCUUCUGACAAUUUUAAUCUUAUGGGAUAUUGUGUUAGUGACUAUGCGGUAGAUGUUGAUGAUAGAAAAAGCACAUCAG